AUGGAUAUUACAAGCGAAGAACCAGAAAUAUCAAUGAUGCAGAAACCUAUUGAUGAAAAAGAAGACACCUCAAUUCAAAAUCAAGCAAUUAACGAUACCGAAAAAGAACAGAUGAUUGAAAUAGAACAACAGUAUCCAAAAUCGAUUGAUGUAAGCGGUGAAUAUAUUGAGUAUGAUACACUUGCUCAAUACGGCUACCAACUUAAAAAUGAAAAAUUUGUUCAAAUUGAUAUCGAUGCACCAUUUGAGUACGAAUUAUACAAAAAUAAAGAAGAUAAUCAAAAACGUUAUGAAACGAUUGGAAAACUGCUUGAUAAAGAAAUUUAUACUUUGCUUGAAACCGAAUGUCAUUUAACUCGUAUUAUAAUUCCAGUUGAUGCUAAAAAGAAUGAGCCAACAAGUUUCUUUUUUAUGAGCACCGAUGCGUUGACGCAAGAAUAUUUGAUGAUUAUUAUUCAUGGGACAGGUGUUGUUCGAGCAGGUCAGUGGAGUAGAAAGUUAAUAAUGAAUGAAGGGUUAGAAAUUGGUUCGCAAAUUCCUUAUAUCAAACGUGCUAUGUCAUUAAAUUAUGGAGUGAUUGUUACAAAUACAAAUUAUAAUACAGUUGAAUCGCAUCGUUCAAUGAGAAAUCGUUCAUUGCGGCCAAUACGAGGAAGUGAAAGUGCAGCGGAACAUGGUAGUUAUGUAUGGAAACAUUUUGUUGAAAAAAGCAAAGCAAAACACCUUGCUAUAAUGGCACAUAGUUAUGGAGGCGCUGUAGUUCUUCAUUUGGCUCAUGAAUAUAAAAAAGAUUUUAAACAACGAGUAUUUGCCAUUGCACUUACUGAUUCUCCUAUGCACGAUUAUGCUAUUGGUUGCGAGUCAUCCGUGUGUAAAAUAUUAAAACCGAAAACAAUCAACUGGGUUACUGAUACAUCGCCAUUGAAUACAGAUUUAGGAGAAAGUGAAUGUGGACAUUUAUUAUCAGCAGGUCAUACUAUUCACGAAUGGACUUCACAUUCAGCAUUUGAUGCCAUAUUUGAUUUCUUCGAUUCAAAACGUAAAGAACUCGAACCAUCUGUUCAAAAUAAGAAGAACGAAGUACAAAUGAACGUUAACGAUGACGACGAUAGUAAUGAAAAUAAAAUACCUGUUCAAAAUAAAAAAAAGAAAACCUAA